AAAAAGUGAGGUUAUGUCAAGUUUGUUUAGCAUCUAUCCUGGUUUCCAAAUAAUUAUUUUAUUAUUAACAUUAAUUCACAAAAUUCGAAGAAAAUGAGCAGUUUUCUUUGCAGUUCCAUUCCGGAAGAUAAAAUGCUGUCUUACAUUUACGAUGAUGUGGACGAUAGCGAUGUAUUUGCACUAGAACCCAACAUCAAGGGCUCAGAAAAUAAUGAUAAGGGAUCAGAAAAAAUAGACAACCAAACGGCCCCAAGUUAUGAAGUACUUAAAGAAAAUGAAGUAUUGAAGGAGACUAUUAAGAAAUUGAGUCAAGAGAAGGAUUUAUUAGAAAGAAGGAUAUCAGAAGUUUACAAAACUGCUAAGGCUGAGUUAGAAAGAAGGGAUAGAAGAGUGAGAGAAUUGAAUGAAGAGAAAAACAAUCUUCUGUUUAGAAGGAAUCCUGUUGGUUUUAGGAAUAGGCAGCAUUUUAAUAAGCCAGAUCAUAGUAGGAAGGAAAAUGAAGUAAACACACUGCCAACCCUGCCGACAGAUUCAGGAAAAAUAGACCUAAGAAAAAAAAUAUCACAUGCAUCACCAAAACCUAACCUAAAAAAGCAUCAAGAUAUACAGACUGACUUAGGCACCACAAAUAAACCCAUUCAAUCCCCUACCACUCAAAACUUAACAACAGUUUAUUCUGAAAGAGUUUCCAGAUUAAAAACUACAGGUGAUAAUGUAACCUCAAUUGAAAGCUCUUCAGAUACAACAAAAAUAAUAUUCAAAAAAGAUAAAUUAAAGCAAUCACAUGAAACAUCAUCCAAGAUUGAAAGCAUGACACAUGAGCUACAAAGCACAAAUGAAAUAGUUAUUGAGGAUGAACCUAUAAUUAAAGAAGUCCCAAAAGUGAACAUGGGGUCUGAAACAGAAAACACAGGAGUGAUAAAUAAAGACGCAUCUCUUGAACUUAAAGUAGUUAAGUCAUUAAACCAGGUAGAUUUACAAAUAAAGUCUCAAGAGGUAGUAGAAAAUAAUCACAAACCUAUUGAAGAAGGAAUUGAAGAUAGAAAUCUUACAAAUGAGGAAUUCCAAAGGUUUGAUUGCAUGAAAUAUAAAAUUCCAAAGAAGAAGACUAACAAUGAUGAUAAACUUUUAAGUCAUGAUAAUAAUGUCACACAAAAAAGCAUUUUGACACGACCAUACUUAGAUAACGAAAAAAAUGCUAGGAAUUGUGACAAAAAUCCAUGCACCAAUAAAAAAAACAAGAUUACUCUGCUUAACCAAAACCGUCAGAUAAAUACACAGGAACAUGGAUCGAAAAGUAGGUCAAAACAUGAAAAAAUAUUAACACAUUCUUCAGAAUCAAAAAGUCCUGGUAGAGAAAAAGGAAAACUAAGAAAAAAUGAAGACCAUACAUCAAAAUUGGCUAGAUCAGAACAGGUAUCAAAAGUUUCAAGGUCAAGAAGUAAAUCAACAGAUAACAAAAAUCCCAGAGACAAAACACCAAUAAGGGAUCAUAAGAAUUCAGAGCAGCCCAAGAGUUAUAAAGAAACCAAUAUUAGGACCAAAUCUAAAGAAACCUCUAAAACUGCUUCAAGAAGUCCUUCUAUUCAUCAACUAGAAAGAUCAAGAACCAGGUCCCUCUCUUCACCUGGAACGCGUCAUAAAGAAGAUCGAAGAUCGGAGAGCUCGUCUUCUACCUGUGAAUCGACAAAUGGUCGUAGGAAGAAUAGACUUCACUCCAGAGACCGUAGAGGAACGAAUUCUCCCGAAAAUGAAGGUACUCAUAGUUACAGAUCAAGACAAAAGAUAAAUGAAAACGCCAGAAGAAAAGAAAGUAAACACAGUUCUAGGGAAGGCAGAUUAUCUCCUAAAUGUAGUGAACAUCCUAGAACCAAAAAACCUCCAAGAACUCCUCCAGGGAGCCCACCUAGAGAACCUAAUAGGGAUAGAGCGGAUCGAAAAGAGAAAUAUGUUUUUAGACAGCAUGAAAGAAGAUCGAGGUCUAAAUCUUGUGAUCGUGUAAAACAUCGAAGGAGUAACAGCAAAGAAAACAAUUUCAGUGCCAGAAAUCGGGGUUUCGAUCAUUAUAGAAAUAGAAGAUUUCAACAGACACGUACAAGAAAUAGGUCACCAGAAUGGCCAAGUAGACUGAACAGGCAAAGAGAUAGAAGGGGUUUUUCAGAGAGGGCAGCUAAAAAUGGACGUAUUCACCGACAAUCCGUUGGCCGAGAUAGUUCGGCAGGAUUUAAUAGAAAAGUGGUACAGAGUCGCCUGAGAGAAAGAGAAACCCGUCGUGAGAUGUUACGUGAAGCGUAUAGGGCGAGAAAUGAGAGCAGUUUUGAUUUGACCGACCAUGCCAAGGGGUACAAGAGUGACGAACCAAUGUUGGAGAUAGAAAAUCUAAGCACUUCUAAAAUGGACGAAGAAGCUCUUGAGAGGCUUUUAGCGGAAAAACGGAAACUACUUGAACAAGAUAGUAAAAUUGGAACUAAUUUGAAAAGUGAUACGGAAUCCGGAGAACUAACAGACGAUGAUGACAACGAAUCUCCCCGAAUUCAGUCUAAAGUAGAAAAACGUGAAAAUAAAAGAAAACCUAAAUUACCAAAAGAUAAAAAAGAACCUGCCAAGAAAAAUAUAAAACAUUCUGAAUCUAUUGAUUUAAAGUGGGAAACCAUAGGCGGUAAGAGUGUAAAUAAUUAUCGCAAUCUUGUUGACGUAAAACAAGAAAGAAACAAUGAAGAUAAGAAUUUACUCUCCACCCGUGAUGAAAAUCGCGGACUUAAAGAGACCAACAAUAAACAAGAAAACAAGUCUAGAUAUGACAAAUAUAUUUCUGUAGAAAAUAAACAGAAAGAUCUUCAAAAAGAUUCUAAUACAAAUGAAGAAAACCUAUCGUAUGAAGAGAUUUUUACAAAAGCCCAAAUGGUGAAAAAAGAAUGUUUGGCUUUUGAGUUAAUUAAAAAUGAAAAGAUCCACGUCAAAAUGAAAGAGUGUAUAGAACCGUUUACUAAAGAAGAUGCCGAGUCUGUUAAUAAUAUGGCGAAAUUUUUGAAAAAAGCUACGGAAAUUUUUGUUUUUGAAGAUAUAGCGCCACCUAAUACUUCAAUUCCUGUCACUGGUACCGCUACCCAACCAUUAAUAGAGAAGAAAAAGAUAGGUUUAGACGCGUAUAAAAAGAGACGUAGAUCUACCAUUGAAAAUCCUCAGGAAAACAAAGAAGAAAGUGAAUUUUAUGAUGGAUCUAAGAAAAUAAGUGAAGCAAAAUCAGAGGAAAGUGAACAAAAAGAAUUAGAUAAUAAUUUAUGUGAAAUUUCUAAAGACAACACCGAACCUCUGCCAGGUUUAGUAACUAUCGAUCCGCCUCAUGGUGAUAGCAUAGUAGAAAAUAACGAAAAACAAACGAGUGAAGAAGACAGUUUAAGAUAUAGAUCACCACCGAUCAAUCAAGCACAGAUAACUUACAAAGACUCCAAUAGUUUUCUACAGGAUUUUGACUUAUCUGAUGAUGAAGAGCCACUUGAAGAACCAAUAGAAUCCAAAGCUAAUAAAGUACCUAAGAUUAAUAUUAUAGAUAUUUCAAUAAUCAAGCCUGGUGCUCCACCACAAGCUGCUAUACAAGAGGAAGUGAAACAACUUCAUAGUACUCAUGAUAUUGAAUGUAUUGAACAUAUUCAAGAGGCUGUUUAUGGAAUCACUGGUCAGAAAACCCUUAAAAGCAUAGAUAAGUCUAAAGAUGUAUUAAAUACCGAAGAAUUAGAGAGAUGCCUGGAAGACGAAGCAUCUUCAGAAUGCCAAAUAGCACAAGCACAGUUGUCUCGGAAACAAGCAGGAUCAGUGUUGAGUGAAAAAACUAGUGCAGAUGUGGAAUAUCAGAUACCUGGAACUCCUGAAAAAGACAUCGUUAAUCCUUUAAAGAACACCAGGGAAAAGUUGAUUGAUAUUUUUGGAAGCCCACUGUCCUCUUGUUCUCCACUUGCUCCAAAAACUAAUAAAGAACUAGAACAUCCGGCGGCAAAAGUUAAAAGAAAUAUUACUAAAAAAUUACUAAAAGCUACAAAAAGUCGAUCAAAAAUCAAGAACCUAACAGCAGAUGAAGUUCUGCUCCAACAAGUGCAACGUGCCGAGCCCGAACAUUCCCAGUCACUAAAUACCGAAAAAAUUGCACCAGAACAAAUUCAAAAGCAUUUCGCUUUUUUUAACAGCCCAUGCCAUAUUCCACCGAUGCCGUUUCCACAAAAAAGUAUCGAAGAUCAUACAAAUAAAUGUAACCAAGCAAAAGCAACACUCUGUACACAGAGUGAUUCUGAAAGCAGUACUGAUUCAAGUGAACCAACACCUAUAAAACCAGUUGCAUCUAAACGAAAAAAAACUGAAAAGAAAGGCAAAAAGAUAAAAAUCAAAAUGAGUUUUGGAGCUCAGCCUAAUAAACACAAAAAUUCUGAUGAAAGUCCUGAAAAGGUUCAGAAAAAAAGGAAAAAUGUUGCAAGUAAACGAACAACAAAGAGUAAAGAAAAUAAAACCUCAAAGAAAGCUGAGAAUAAUAAAGUUAGCACUCUUAAAUCAAAUAAAAAAGCCGACAGUGACAUAGUGAAACCUAGAGUAGAAAAAACAGCCUUUAUUGAAGACAAUUCCGGUAUAAAGACUAGUGAGGAAAAAACAAUCAGUACACCUGAGGAAAGCUCUCCAAAUACGCCUAAUAAUAAAAACAGUGAAGGCAAUUUAGAGACAAUUAAGUCACUUACAGAAGGAGAUCAAUCGGAUGUGUCAAACAUAAGGCGAAGUAUUAGAACAAAAAAACCAUCCGUGAAAACGCCGAAGAGAAUAACUCCGUUAAAAGUCGGAGAAAUUGAUAAAACAGGAAAUAUGCUCGGAAACAUUGAAACAGGAAAACGAAAAGGUGAUAAUGAUCUCGAGGGCGUACCAAAUACCAAAGUUGCCAAACUAGGUAAAGAAUUACCUCAGAUCAUGGAGACUUACAUUAACAUACAAAAAACCGAUAGCCAGCUUUCUUCCCUGACUAAGAUACAACAAAUGAGCGAAGAUAUAUUAAAUAAGAGUUCCGACGCAUUGCCAAAAACGGAAACCGACUCUAAAUCUCCCUUUAAGAUACCUUUCGAUUUGUCUUUACAAGACGAGUCGUUUAGUCAUAUAAAAACGAUUCACAUUGAGGAAUCCUCGACGUUGAUGAAUAUGUUUGACUCUGAUUUACAACAGCUCAUGAACCUAGGUCCAAAUAGCGAUAAAAGUUUCUUUUCUAAUGAAGAAAAAAAAGGCGAUUCGCCAAAAGGUCCCAGUCAGAUGACAAAUUUCGUUAAUUGUUUAGAUAAAAAUGUUAAAGCUUUUACUUCGACGCCAAUUAAAGUGCUAACGAAAUGCGAUCCGCGAGAAAAAGUUUUACAACAAUCAGUUGCUGUUGCAACAACUAGUUGCUCCUCGAGUACUGGAGUGACAUCUGAUGUCAAUGCAACCGUAGAUAAUGCCAAAAACUAUUUUUCUAAACCCUUGAAAAGGGACAGAAGAAAAAAAGUUGCUACGGUUCUGAUUGACAUGACUUGAAUUUCCUUUAGUUUUUUGACAUUCAGAUUUCGGUUGUACGUUAUAUUUAUCUGUGAUAGAGUAUGUAUUGAAUUUUAAUUUAAUCUGGGCAAGUUGUGGAUCGUUAUGGUGUUUUUGUUCUACAAUCAUUCAAAGAUUUUCCCCGCAUGUUGUAAUUGCUUUAGGGGUAGAAAAUAAGAAUAUUUCUUUAAGAUAAUGUAUACGUUAUCCAGUUCUAUGUAAUUUUGUACAGUUUUAAAUAAAGUUUCAGUUUGA